AUGCAUUCCUCUUACGUAGAACCAUAUUAUCGUCCAAUGGAUGAGUCACUGAAAUUUGAAAUAUCCAGUAAUAAUUGUUCACCAAUUUUAUUAGAUAAUGAAACUGGUAAUGUGAUUUCUUCCAUUGAUACGACAUCGGGGGGGUUGACCCAAGAUUCACCUCAUCAGUCCUUUUUCAUAAAACCACCUUUUCCUCCAACAAUAAACAUCGAUGACUUGGUUACCUCUAAGCCUAACGGUGAUAAGCCUUCAAAAUCAAGUAAUGCUUUUAUUAUUUAUCGUAAAGUUUAUGUUAAGGAACUUCACUCACGGGGAGUAAAUUUACAAAUGACACAAAUUUCACCGAUGGUUUCUGAGUCAUGGAAACAAGAACCUGAAAUUGUAAAGCAAGAAUAUAAAAAACUAGCAGAAGCUGCCAAGAAAAGAUAUAAAGAGAUUUGGCCUUCAAAGCCGAGGCGUCGACAUCAAAGAAGACAACAACCACAAUUACCGACAAAUCCUUCAAUACGUACUAUUGAUACUAUUGAUACUAUUGAUACUUCAAAUUCAAUUCAAACGUAUUUAACAAAUGAAUCUUUGUCUUCUACUCCAGCUAUAGAGUUAGGAGAGUCUUGGGGAUUAUUAACUCCUUAUUUGACCAUACAAAAUUCUUCAUAUGAUUCUUCAACAAUAUUAGAUCAGUUAUAUUAUGAUUCAAAUACUAUUUCUUCUAGUCCGACAACCGUUAAUUCACAAAAUAAUAGUAUUUUGACACCACCAGCAGAAGAAAACACUA